AUGGGAGCCAAGCUGCUCUGCCUCUGCCUCGCCUCUGCCCUCCUUGCCUACUACCUCUACAGCCCCCUCCCCGAGGACAUCGAUGAGCCCUGGAAAGUGAUGCUUCUGGAUGCUGCGCUCCGGACCGCGGGGCACCUGGCAGAGGUUGUUGACAAGCUGGGGCUGAUGGACUACAUGGAGUUUCUGAUGCUGCUCCAUUCUGCUGAUUAUGUCCCACCCACAUCCGAUGAGAACGUCACUGUGAGGGACACGGAGCUCAGCAACGUCCCCGUGCGCCUCUACCUGCCCAGAAAGCCAUCUGAUGGGCUGAGAAGGGCAGUGCUCUACUUCCAUGGUGGAGGAUGGUGCGUGGGACAUGCAGGCUUGCAGUCCUACGACCAGAUGAGCAGGUGGACUUCAAACAGGUUGAACGCCGUCGUAGUGUCAGUCAAUUACAGGCUGGCACCUCAGCACCGUUUCCCCACUCAGUUUGAGGAUGUGUACGCAGUGACCAAGUUCUUCCUCCAGAGAAGUGUCCUUGCCCAGUACGGGGUGGACCCCGACCGGGUCUGUGUUGCAGGAGACAGUGCAGGUGGCAACUUGGCUGCAGCUGUGGCACAACAGCUAUUGGAGGACCCCGAAGUUGAAACUAAUCUCAAAGCCCAAGCUUUGAUUUACCCUGCUCUCCAAACCCUGGACCUAAAUUCGCCCUCUUACCAAGACAACGCCAACAAGCCCGUUCUCUCCCGGCACCUCAUGGUCAGGUUCUGGAGCGAGUACUUCACCGGGGACCCGUCUCUGCGGGAAGCGAUGGGCGCCAACCGGCACGUCCCGCCGGGAUCCAGCCACUUGUUCCAGUUGGUGAACUGGAGCGCCCUGCUGCCCGCCGAGCUCUGGGGUCACCACGUCUACCGGGCUCCUGUGCCGGGCAGCUCGGAGCUGGGGCAGCGGUUCCCGGGGUUCCUGGACGUGCGGGCGGCCCCGCUAUCCGCGCACCGGGAAGCGGAACCGGCGGCAGCGGCGGCUGCUUCGGACCCCGGGGAACCGGCCCAGGAGCCGCCGCGCUGCUCCUGCCUUCCCGCUGCUGGGAAUGCUCAGCAAGGCUGGGCUUCGGUCGCUGCCGUGGGAAACAGAAGCGGCUGA